CAACAUACCAAAUUUUCCUUUUCCAUUUGCGAUCUCAUUGCUGUAACUGUAACUGUACUCAGAUAUUCUUCACCUAACCUAUCAUUUGAGUAGUGAAAAGAAAGGGAAAAAGAGUUGAUCAUCAGAUAAGUGGUCACGAGAAUGCCUACAGUCAUUCUCUUUCUCCGAUUAGUGUCAAAAGGCACUUUCACUUCCUCUUGUUUACGAAAGACCGGAGAACUUUUGCAACCAUUUGAUCUUUUCUAUCCGUUUAGGCGUGGUGAGGAGAAUGUUGAGCUCUAUUUCUUCUGGUGGUUUGAAUGCAGAAGCGGAGGCAGAGGAAGCUACUCGCUUCCAGAAUGGCCUCCUGGAACUAAAGGGGUUGCGUUCCCAGCUUCAUCAAGCGGCAGACUACUGUGAAACAACGUUCUUGAAAACUAAAGAGAAGAAUGAAGUGGUGGAAAACACCAAAGAGUACGUAUGCAGGGCCAUGGUAACUGUGGUUGAUCAUCUUGGAAACGUCACUUCCAAUUUAGAGAGAUGUAUUUCUCAAACUAAUGCCUUCAAUGAGGUCGAGCUUCGGUUAAACUGCUUAAACCAAAGACUUCUCUCCUGUAAACAAUAUGCUCAAAAGCUUGAACUAUCCCGACUACGUUGGAGUGAAAUCCUGCCCAGGUAUCAUCCCCGCUAUGUCUCUCCCGUUGGCAAAAAUAUGGAGCAAUUAACUCGAAGUUCGAGUAUCAACCAGUGGAGGGACACGAAAGACCUUCGGUUUGCAAACACUGUUAGUAACUGCAAGCCAGACAUUUUUACAAAGAAGCCAAUGCCAGUUCUGUUGUACAAAUUCUACUCGUACAAUCUAUCUCCUUCCAAAAACUUGAGUUCUAGAUUCACUUCAAAGAAAGAUGACAAGGAAAAAACAUUAGGAACACUUCAAAAAGCAAUAUUAGCAGCUGGUGAUCAUGGGUUCUUAUUACGAUCAAAAGGUCCAAGUUCUACAUUUUAUUUUCAGUUUGCAUUUGCAUUUGCAGGUUUCUGAUCAGAAGCGUGGAAGCCAUAAAAAAUCAAAACUUGGAAGUGAUAUAUUUUCUAUUCUAAAGCUAACUAAAUAAAUAGCUUAACAAAACAUAAGAUUUGAGAAUGCAUUAUGUGAGUGAUAUAUAUUUAAAUUUAUGUUCGUUCAUUGGUUGAAGCUUUUGAGUGAAUUGGUGGUUUAAUAUGGUAUCGUGUGAGAGUGUUAGUGAUUUAUAAUUAAAUUUGCUUUCGUCUACUAGCUUAAGAUUUUGAGUGAAUUGGUGGUUAAUACAUCGUAAUAAUUAGCGUCAAUGCAUUUUUUUUAAUAUAGUUUUAAUUUGAUCU